UUGCAAGACACGUUACGUGUCAUAGAGGGAUACAAGUGUUGCUGAUUACUUUUUGUGCCGUUAUUUUGCCCGUCAUUAGUUUCAUAACGGUGCUGGAUGUGGCAAGUUACAAAACUUUGUGGUCUAGAGGGGGCGGUGGAAAAGGUAGACGAUCGUCCAGACGCGACAGAAAACGACUGGACAAUAACCCAACCCCUUGAGUGACCUCUUGAAAUUCCGCAGCUAAAUUUGCUAUCUCACCCCUUCUUCCGACGUGUCUUACCACAGUCGCUGUCUGGCAACAAUGAUGGCGAUGGAGAACUUCAAGCAAUUCCUUGUCCUCCUCGUCUCGGCGUUGUCCGUCGGAUUCGUGUGCAUAGUUUUUGUUUUGAGAUGGGUUUUCCACUUUAAAGAGGGUCUUGCUUGGGACGGUGGAUUGGCCGAAUUCAAUUGGCAUCCCUUGCUGAUCGUGAUUGGGUUUAUUUUCCUUCAGGGAAUCGCCAUCAUAGUGUACCGACUUCCUUGGACGUGGAGAUGCAGCAAACUAAUGAUGAAGUUUAUCCACGCUGGUCUAAACAUCCUGGCGUUUAUCAUGGCCGUGGUGUCUCUUGUAGCUGUAUUCGACUUCCACAACGCCGCGAACAUCCCCAACAUGUACAGCCUCCACAGCUGGGUGGGGCUAGCGGCGGUCAUACUGUACGCGCUUCAGAUGGUGCUGGGCCUGGUCGUCUACCUGGUGCCCAUCACCCCAGGGUUCGUGCGGGCAGCCCUGAUGCCUGUGCACGUCUACGGGGGCCUGUUCAUCUUCUCCAGUGUGAUCGCCACUGCCCUCAUGGGCAUCACCGAGAAGCUCAUCUUUGGCCUCAAAGACCCCAAGUAUAAGGACUCCCCCCCGGAGGCGGUGUUUGUGAACGUGCUGGGGCUCCUCCUCGCCGUGUUUGGGGGGCUCAUCCUGUGGAUCGCCACGCGGCCCCAAUGGAAGCGUCCCGCUGAGAACCAGCUGCGCCUGGUACACAGCGACAACCUGCCCGCCGCGUCCGAGGCAGGCGCCAAUGGCGGCAACGCCAACGCCGCUCUCACCAUGACGACGGGCGUCGGCGACGAGCGCGCAGGAGACCAGGAGAGCAACGGCGAACCCCGCAGGAGGAACGGGAAGGGGGAGGAGUCAGCGGAAGGGGGCAGGAUCAAUAUCUGAGCUCAAUCAAAGAUUGUUGAUUGGCGGAGCAAGAUACUUCCGAGUUACUUAAGGGAACCCGGAUCACACGAGGGGUUGGGGGCAUAGACUUCCGUGGAACUCUGCUCUGCAUAAAGGGGGAUUUUGACACCCCCCCCCCCCCCUUUGUGUUUUCUGGAUUCCCGGAAGUGGCUUCUGAUGAAGUAUCUUCCUCUGCCUAAACAAUACAGUAUCUGGCUCACCUGGGUUUCUCCAUUUCCGUUUCCUGUCUGCACAGCUUUGUAGACAUGUGGCGCAGUAUUCUCUUCUAUUAAUCUCAGCAACAGGUCAGUCUACAUUGAUUACUCCAGGAUUAUUAUUCAGAUUACUUCAGGAAUAUUAUUAUCAAAGCUCAACACGGCAAAGUUUCUGAUCGUUCACUUCAAUACAGUUGCUUUUACAAAUAGUAUUCUCUUUAUAUUGUUUAUAUCAAGAGAUAUUUUUUAUAUUAAAAGUGACUGGUUUAACAUGAUCGCAAAGUGAAAAACAUAUCCAAACUGCUGUCUUGCACAAAGCUCUUGUGUGAGUCUGACCAAAUACUUAAACGCACAUUUCUAAUACGAAGUUAAUUUUUUUUUAAAAAAAAGGGAAAAUAAGGGGAAAAGGGUCAAAUAACUGUGUUAUUUUGUUAUUGAAUACGGUUGCGUGUCAGAGGUCAUGUUUCAAAGCCAGUUUCCUAGUAAUCUCUUGUGGUCUAUGGGAGGAGCAGUAGGAGGGGCUGAGGAUGUGCUUGCUGCUAUUGUAUUGCACUAGGACUAGAUGUCCACUAUCUAGAGUAGGCUAGUAUAAUCAGACUUCUCUUCUCAUUACACGUGUAGUCAUGACAGAAUAUUAUUAUGAUAAUAUGAUAGAAAUGUGAUAGAAUGAUGUGAUAGAAAUGUGAUGUGACUGAGAUUUUAUUUGCUUGAGCGUGAGGUAGAGAAAAGAGGAUUUUGCGGGUUUUAAGAACUGUUUACAGUGGUCUGACAGACUGCUGAUCGUAAAAGGUAUUGGCCGGGUUUCCCAGAUUCGUUAACAAGCUCUUAAGUGCUAAGAACUUCUUUGGAGCGUUCGAGCUCGAGUUCGAGUUAGAGCACUCCUAAGAAGUUCUUAGCACUUAAGAGCUUCUUAACGAAUCUGGCCCUUGUCUGCUUCUCGUUGAGUAAACCAGUAGGACCGGUGAGCAGCUUUCCAUUUCAUUUACAUUUACAAUGAAUGUCUGUUAAAGCCAAACAGCAAUUGAAAAGAGACCAUAUUACAGUUGGGCAGAGAAUACCUUUUGACUUUAUGUGUUGACUAUAAAUGCCAGUUUGUAAAGUGUUCAAAAUGUGUAGAGAUUGAUAUGUAUAUUUUAUAAAACCUGCUGAUUUAUAUUUCUGCUAUUAAAUAUAUUUAGAAGCACUUGC